AUGGCGCGCUGGAUCGCCAAUGCAGGCCCGGCUGGUGUGCCGCUGGCCUUGGCGACGAUCCGCGAGCAUGUCGCCAACAUGGCUCGCGGCAUGUCGCUGCCUCCUACCUUCCGCUGCUCUAUUGGAUGGGUCCGUCGUGCCUUGCGCCGCCAGGGUGUAAGGUGCAUUGCGGCUUGUGGCGAGGCGGCCGACCAGGACCUCGCCGCCGUCCGUACGACUCAGGAGAAGCUGCCGCAGCUCCUCAUGCAUCUCUCUGUCAGGCCGCGCGACACCUACAAUUUCGACGAAACCGCCAUCUACAUUUCGGUGCUGCCUCGCAAGACAUACGGCGCCAGCCGUGUGGCGGGGAGGAAGGAGGUCAAAGACCACCUCACCGUCGGCUUCCUCGUCAACGCCGACGGCACUCACUCCUUCCGCCCGUUGGUGAUCUCCAAGGCUAGGCGUCCCCACGACUUCCGCCCCGACUUCGACCCGGAGGAAUUUUGCUACUGGCGCAACACCGCCAAGGGGUGGAUGACCUCACCGCUUUUCACGCUCUUCAUUAAGCAGCUGAACGCCACCAUGUAUGCCGAGGAUCGGCACAUCGUCAUUCUGCUCGACAACGCGAGCAGCCACGUCCUCACCUCCCGCGGUGCGACAUCCGAGGAUCUCUUUGGCUUCCGCACGCGCUCGCUCUCGAACGUCCGCCUGGUGUAUCUCCCUCCCAACACCACCUGCUUCACCCAGCCCCUCGAUCAGGGGCUCAUCGCGAUGGCGAAGGCGCGCUACCGGCAGCAUUGGCUCCGUGCCUUCACCGCUCGCUGGAAUGCCGAUGGCGCAACUACCCGCCUGGCGCGCUUCAAGCCCAAUCUCCGCGACGUCGUGGCCUGGCUCAACGACGCGUGGAUGAAUAUUGAGCACCGCACUAUUCAGAGGUGCUGGUGGCGCACCGGCAUCCUCCCGCGUGCGUGGGCAAUGGAGCUUGCUCACGUGGGCGACGACACCGCUGGAGCGGGCACGGCCGCGGACAUCGGGCUUGACGAGGAGAUCGGGGACGUAGGCAUCCUCAUCGAUCGCCUCGGACUCGGCACGAGCGCCAUGCCGGCCGCGGAACUGGUUGCCAUCGACGACAACCAGCCGACAUGCGCGGAGCCGGGAGAGGAUCCGCUCGCGACCGAGCCACCGCGCGGCACCUCCGCUGAGACGUGGGAGGCCCCCGCCACCAUGCAAGCUAUCUAUGACGACAGCAACCCCGAGUCCCGCGAGGCACGGCGCUACGCUCGAGCGGCCUCCGAGAUGCUUAUUGGCUACGCGAAGGCGACAUGCAUCACCCCGCGCGACCUGUGCGCGCUCUUUGACAUCCGCAACCCCAUCAUCAGUGCGCGGAUGGAGCGCGCCAGCCCGCCGAUUAACCUCAACAUGAGCCCCCCGCCAUCCGCGGCUGAGUGCGCGACGCCCCCGGCCGAGACACCUCAAGCGGGUUUAUCGGCUAUGGCGAUCGAGGAUUCGAAGAAGCGCAAAGCGGACGACAAGGGCGCCAACGGCGCGUCCGGCUCCGGUCGUCACCACACCAGGUUCGAGGACACGCCCGCGGCGCUCACGGCGCAUCAGGCGCGCAUGCUCGUCGACGUCAUGAAGGACGGCGACGUUCGCGAAGCGCUGGUGAGCGCGGCGAUGUCGCACGGCGACGUCGCCGACGCGAUCAUGGAGGUGGUGGGUCGCGACCGGCAGCAGCGGCGACUCUUCGUGCGCGGGCUCGACUUAAACACCACCGAUGAGACGCUUCGCCGAAUCUUCGAGUCCUUCGGGAGCGUCGAGGACCUCCAGUUCCGCUUCGUUUCCCGCGUUGAUCCCGUCUCCCCGUCUCCCCCGCCCCGGCUCCGUGCGCAGAUCAUCAAGGAGAAGGGGACGGGUCGCUCGCGCGGCUUCGGCUUUGUCACCUACCGCUCGCUGCGCGGCACCAUUCGCGCCUUGGAGGAGCCCUCCAAGCUCGUCGACGGGCGAAUGGUCGUCUGCCAGCUGGCGUCGCUCGGCCCAAGCGGCGGCUCGGCGAGCGCUGACGUGGCGGCGCGGAAGAUUUUCGUGGGAAAUGUCCACGUGGAGCUUUCGUCAGAGCAGCUGCUGUCGUUCUUCUCGCAGUACGGAGAUAUCGAGGAGGGCCCGAUCGGAUUCGAUAAGAGCACGAGCAAGAGCCGCGGGUACGCGAUCUUCGUUUUUAAGACUGCGGAAGGUGCGCAGAAUGUUCUGCAGGAGCCGAAUAAGAUUAUUCAUGGGCAUCAGGUGUUUUGCAAGCUCGCCGGGGAAAACAGAGGCAAGCAGCAGCAACAGCAGCAGCUGCAGCAGCAGCCGGGGCUUAUGAUGCUACCAGGGGUGGCGGAAGCGGAGCAGCAGGGGUAUGCGCAGAUGGUGUUUUAUGGGGGGGACGCGCAAGCCGCCGCUUACGCCGCGUACGCGCAGCAGGCGCAGGCGCAGCAGUUCCAGGCGGUUCCGCAGCAGCAGCAGGUGUAUCAGGUGGCGGACGUGUACGCGCAGCAGGCGCAGGCGCAGGCUCAGGCGGAGGCGCAAGCGCAAGCGCAGGCGCAGGGGCAAGUUGCGCUGCAAGCGCAGUACUACCAGCAAGCGCCCGCCGCCGACGCCGCGUAUCAGCAGCCCGUAGCUGGUUACCAGCAACAGGCCGCGACUGGUUACCAGCUACAGGCCGCGACUGGUUACCAGCAGCCCGCAGGUGGUUACCACCAGCAGCAGCAGCAGCCUGUGUACGUAACGCCUGCUGUGGCCGCCCCAACCCUCGCAGCCAUCCCCGCCGCCCCCCAAGCGGCGCAGAUGCAGCCUGCGCUUGCCGCGCCCUCCCCCCAGGGUUACCCCGCGCAAGCGGCGCCCGCGCAGGGCUACUAUGCGCCCCAGGGGGCAGUGCCCGCGCAGGGCGGAUACGUGCAAGCGGGGGUUGCGCCGCAAGGGGGGGUUUACUACCCGCUGCAGGCACAGGCGCAGGGGCAGGCGCAGGGGCAGGCGCAGGGGCAGAUGCAGGGGCAGAUGCAGGGACAGAUGCAGGGACAGAUGCAGGGGCAGAUGCAAGGGCAGGCGCAGUUUCAGGGGCAGCAGCAGGGAGGGAAAAGCGGCGCUGGGGAAGCUUCCCCCCAGCCUGGCGCAGCAGCAGCAGGAGGGGCUGCCGGGAGGCCUGGUUACCAGGUAACACCGCAGCUGCAGGCGCAGCAGCAGCAGGGGGCAGGGCAGCAGCAGCAGGGAGUGGUGUAUGCGGGGUACUAUGGAGCGCAGUAG